UAAUGGUUGAGGAGGUUGAUGGUUUUCCAAGGUGCCGCUCCGAUCUGAUCUGGUGGUUGAAAUUGUGAGCACACAGCUUGGUGUCGCAGGUCGAUCUUGACUCUUUUAUUCUUCGCUCGGUCCCUCACGCCUUCCGUUCAUCAUUCUCUUUCACUCUCGCCUGGUCAGUCGGUGAAGAACGACGCCCAGUUAUUGUCGUUGUUGCUGCUCCUCCUCCUGCCAGUCAGUGACUCGUCGCGGCUCACCGAAUCCAAGCGCCGUCCGCAGUUUGCUGCCCCUCCCCACUCAACCACAUUUUGUCCUACAGAUUCACUCAAACCAUGCUGGCUUCUUCUGCUUUCAAGAGAGUUUCAGUGCGAAGAUUGGCUGCUGGUGCUUUGGCUGUACGAGCACCGUCCUCAGCCAUCCGGCAGUCACCAAGCCUCACCUCUCAACGACUCGCCCGACCUGCACCAGUCAUGGCUUCAUCCUUCUCGACCUCCGCCGCAAAAGGCUUCUCUAUGCCGUCAAAGGCUCCCGAGGCCGCAUACGACCCCGAAAUUAAAGAUAUUGCUUCCUACAUCCACAACUACAAGAUCGAUUCAGACCUUGCCCUUGAUACCUCCCGUUAUAUCCUCCUCGACACCAUCGGCUGCGGUCUUGAAGCCCUCCGCUUCCCACAAUGCUCGGCUCUCCUCGGCCCGACUGUUGAAGGUACAACAGUGCCCAAUGGAGCUCGUGUUCCAGGCACACCAUUUGUGCUCGACCCUGUUAAUGGUGCUUUCAAUAUUGGUGCUAUGAUCAGAUGGCUGGAUUACAAUGACUGCUGGUUGGCUGCAGAAUGGGGUCAUCCGUCGGACAACCUAGGUGCAAUCCUGGCAGUGGCCGACUGGAUCGCACGAACAAACAGAGCCGGAGGUAACCUGGGCAAUGGCAAAAUCCCUACGAUCCGAGACGUCCUGGAAGGCAUGAUUAAAGCACACGAAAUCCAGGGAUGUUUGGCUCUGGAGAACUCCUUCAACCGAGUCGGUUUGGACCAUGUCCUGUUGGUCAAGGUUGCCUCCGCAGCAGUCGUCAGCAAGAUGCUCGGACUGGACGAGGGUCAAACUGCGGCUGCUGUUUCUCAAGCUUUCGUCGAUGGACAGGCUCUACGAACCUACCGGCAUUCUCCGAACACCAUGUCCCGUAAGUCUUGGGCUGCUGGUGAUGCUUGCCAGAGGGCAGUCAACUUGGCCCUCAAGGUCAAGAAUGGUCAAUCAGGUGUUCCCACGGUUCUCUCUGCUCCUGUCUGGGGCUUCUACGACGUCUUAUUCAAGGGCAAGAAGUUCGAGUUCCAACGUCCUUAUGGCUCCUAUGUCAUGGAAAAUGUUCUGUUCAAGGUGUCAUACCCUGCUGAGUUCCACUCUCAAACUGCCGUGGAGGCGGCACAAAAGAUCUACAAGAUCCUCGCAGAUAUGGGCAAAUCGGCCAAGGACAUCAAGGAAAUUACUAACCGCACUCACGAGGCCUGCAUCCGUAUCAUCGACAAGCAAUUCAAGCCUAUGGACAACUUUGCUGACCGAGACCACUGUGUUCAGUAUAUGGUUGCAACAAUGUUGUGCUUCAACCGUCUGGAGGCUACGGAUUACGUCGACGGUAGCGAGGCUGCUACCUCGCCUUUGGUCGAGGACCUCCGGAAGAAGAUCAAGUGUGUUGAGGAUCCUCAAUUCACCAAGGAUUACCAUGACCCCGCUCUGAGGACGAUAUCCAAUGCUUUGACAGUCACGCUGAACGACGGAACUGUCCUGGAUGAAGUCGUCGUGGAGGCACCGCUUGGUCACCGUCUCCGACGGGAUGAGGCUAAGCCCGAGAUUCUCUCCAAGUUCAAGAGACACCUGGGUCAUCACUACCCUGAAGCUAAGAUCCAGGAGCUUCUUCAACUGUCCACUGACGCCUCCAAGCUCGACUCGAUGGAGGUUGACAGGUAUAUGGAUCUCUAUGUCAAGGAAAAGAUGGAGUGGUAAGGAUGAUAGAACCUGAAAUUGGUUUGCAUGACUAUGAUCCCCCAAAAUUGGCGAAUACUGAAAACAAUCUGAUGAGCACGGAAUUAAUCUUGGUCUAUUCGGUGUAGAUAGGAAAUGUGAAUUUUGAAAAUGUGCCUUGCCGAUAGUGUCUGGGUUCAACAUGGAACGAAGUACUAUUGUGGCUGCUCAAUAUCGGUGUAUCAUAUUCCAAAUUCGAGCAGGAAAUCUCGUUGGAAUAUUCAAGACUUACUGAGGCUUCCAAACUCCCUC